UAGCCCCUGAGUAAGAUGGCGGACCCGGAGGAGGAUUUGCUGCUUUUCAGUGUCAGUGACCUGCCGGUUCGUGGCUACGGCCUGAUGGAGGAGAUCCGGCGGCAGGGCAAGCUCUGCGACGUGACCCUGCGGGUUGGUGACCACAAGUACACUGCACAUCGCAUUGUGCUGGCUGCAUCUAUUCCGUACUUCCACGCCAUGUUUACAAACGACAUGAUCGAAUGCAAGCAGGAUGAGAUUGUCAUGCAGGGAAUGGACCCCAGUGCUUUGGAAGCGCUCAUUAACUUCGCCUAUAAUGGCCGGCUGGCAAUAGACCAGCAGAACGUGCAGUCGUUGCUAAUUGGUGCCAGUUUCUUGCAGCUUCAGAAUGUAAAGGAUGUAUGCUGCACCUUCCUGAGAGAGCGACUGCAUCCUAAAAACUGCCUUGGAGUGCGUCAGUUUGCAGAGACAAUGAUGUGUACAGUCCUUUAUGAUGCAUCCAACAGUUUCAUCCAUCAACACUUUGUGGAGGUAUCCAUGUCUGAGGAGUUCCUUGCAUUGCCCUUUGAGGAGGUGUAUGAGCUUGUUGCUCGGGAUGAGCUCAAUGUGAAGUCUGAAGAACAGGUAUUUGAGGCGGCCCUUGCUUGGGUACGAUUUGAUCGGGAGAGCCGUGAGGAAUAUUUGCCUCAGCUGCUAACCAGAGUGCGCCUGCCUCUCUGUCGACCACAAUUCCUAACGGACAGGGUUCAGCAGGAUGAUUUAGUUCGCUGCUGCCACAAGUGCAGGGACCUUGUUGAUGAGGCAAAGGACUAUCACCUCAUGCCCGAGCGCCGUCCUCAUCUACCGUCCUUCAAGACCCGGCCACGAUGCUGCACCUCCAUUGCUGGCUUGAUCUAUGCAGUGGGAGGCCUCAAUUCUGCCGGUGACUCUCUGAAUGUGGCAGAGGUGUUUGAUCCCAUUGCCAAUCGAUGGGAGCGGUGUCAGGAGAUGACGACCUCUCGGAGUCGUGUGGGUGUGGCCAUGGUCAAUGGGCUGUUGUAUGCAAUAGGCGGGUUCGAUGGGCAAUCGAGGUUAAACACAGUGGAAGUUUAUAACCCAGAGACAGACAAGUGGACCAAAGUGGCCAGCAUGAACAGUAAGCGCAGUGCAAUGGGAACAGCUGUCAUGGAUGGACACAUCUAUGUUUGUGGUGGAUAUGAUGGAAUCUCCUCCCUCAACUCUGUGGAAUGUUACAGUCCAGAAGCUGACAAAUGGGUGUCUGUGACUCCAAUGAGUGCCUGCCGCAGUGCUGCAGGGGUCACUGUGUUUGAAGGGAGGAUCUAUGUCUCUGGAGGGCAUGAUGGGCUGCAAAUAUUUAAUACGGUUGAAUGUUAUAAUCAUCACACCACUACCUGGUACCCUGUGCCGAGUAUGCUGAAUAAACGCUGUCGGCAUGGGGCUGCAUCACUAGGCAGCCAGAUGUACGUCUGCGGUGGUUACGAUGGCUCAGGUUUCUUGAGUAUUGUGGAAGUUUACAAUUCGUCUUCGGACCAGUGGUAUCCACUUGUUCCUAUGAACACUCGUCGCAGCCGGGUGUCUCUCGUGUCAAGCUGUGGCCGCCUGUAUGCCAUCGGUGGCUAUGAUGGACAGUACAACUUGAACUCAAUGGAGAUGUAUGACGUUGAUACAAACCGCUGGACUUUUAUGGCCCCCAUGGUGUGUCAUGAAGGUGGGGUUGGUGUAGGGUGCAUUCCCCUCCUCAGUGUGUAAGAUAGUCAUCGUUCCCCUCGUCGGGGAAGUCUAGCAUUGAGUAGAGAUAUGGAAACAAUGGUAUAUUUAUGGGAGCCCAGGUUUCAGUGUUUGUUGAUCAUUGUCCGUGGCCAAAGAUGACGCAGUGACAAUUACGUUUUUCCAGUAGAGACUGGUAACUUAUCAGUACUCUGUUGCUAUCAGUAGAAUCUGUGGUAUUUUUAAAGGCAGCCCUUUAAUUAAAAUUAUAAGUACUUUAUAUAUUAGACUUUCAUAAAUAACCAGGUGUUUUUAAUAGUUUGUUCCCAUAAUUACCCAAAUUCACAUCGGCAUAUCAGUAAAAGCUAGUGUCUGACUGAGUGUUGCCAUGAGUUAGGGACUUCCCUUUCACCAUUGGGAUGUAGACUUUAAUGUGUGAAAAUAGAAAGCUGAGAUGCUGACAUCCUGUUGUACAUUGUUUUGCAUCUGUCCUAUGCACCUUGUUCUUGAGUACUUGCUGCUGGAACUAGAUGUCUGCAAUAGGAGUGUUCUUGGAAUUAACAACCCCUCACCUGGCUGUAAAGACCAGGUUGAGCACUCAUUUCAUGGCCUACUCGGUGGCCUGUCUACCAUUCCUGCAAGGCUGCUCAGUCAAUGUGUGUAUUUAUCAUCUUAUUGGUCUACGUAAUGUGUUGAAUAGUACUUUGUCUUGGGAUAGUUGAGUGAGUGUAUGAAUAUGAAAAGUUCUAAUUGUUCUACAUUUCCAGGACGGUAUAAUCGUUCUUUGUAUACUAUGAUAGUGCAGUUUGCUGCUGUUUCCAACCCAGGUAAAACCACUCUUUCUGGUCAUUUUUCUCCUGGUCCUGCUCUUUAUUCUACAUUCUCUCCUUCCAAGUGCUGUUUGUCCUAAGGAGCUUAUAGACAUAAUUACAAUAUCGUGAUUUUUUAAAAAAGUUUACGGCAAUCAAAGGUAGGAAGACUACCUGAUGGUGAUGUGGGUCUUUACUUAUCAGUACUUUGUUUAUCAAGAGUAAUGGAUAUCUGGGAGAGAAUUACAGAAUGCAAUUAGUGGUUAUGCCACAACUGGGGGAAUGUGUAAAGUCUGCCUGCUGCACCAUGGAGAACACCAAACUGUACAAUUUUGUUCUUCCAAGCAAUUGAAGACAGCAUUGAUCUGAACAGUGAAAUGUUGAUUGGUGUGGGUUUGCCUUUGGGAGUGUGACAGAAGGAAAGUAUUGCACAAUAUUAAAUGUGAUUUAAAAUGACAUUUUAUUCUCUAUUAUGUUGGUAGCUACUGUAUGUUAAUAAACUAUAAAUAUCAUUUACUGGGUAGACAUUUAGCUGGGAGCAGUGUUGGGGUUUGCACAGUUUGCAUAUAGAAUAAACGACACCUAGGAGUCAGUUGGAGAAUGGAAUCUCAGCAUGGAUUUUUUUAUAUAAGUAGAAUAAUAAAGAUCCAAGAUGGAAUUACAAGCUAGAAUCGAAAAGAUGAUUUGGGGUGUGUUACAGAUUGAAUACAUAUGAUUAGAUUCCAGUGUAGCAUAGCAGACACCUGACAUGAAUUCGUUGACUGGAAUGUAAGGCAAGAGGAUUCGCUUUAUACAGUCCAUAGAAUAUAAUGGAUACCCAGAGAAAUGAACCAGAAGGUGCACAUGUUUUACGUAGCAUCACAGACUGAGAGAUGCAAAUGAAGUUGUGUUGAAAUUGCUUUUGUGUGCUAUUUUCCUUGCUUUACAGUUGGUUCUCUGUGUAGUACAGUUCUCUAAUUAGAAACUGUAAUCUACUGUUACCAACAAGUAACCAUUAAUCAUGUAUGUAGGAAUUAUAUCUCACCUGAUUAUUUGAUGUGGAAGCAUAUUCUGUUCUCCUGUUCCUUGACAUAUUACAGCAGGAAUCAAUGGAUAGCCAUCUUCCUAUUAAAAUGGUACUGAGGUAACUGCAGGCUCCUACUGCUGGCACGACUGAGAAACCUGAGUGCUUGUGUUUUAAUGACUCAUUAGGGAGGCCUAGAAAUAUAAUUAAUUUACACUACAUGGGUCAUGUGUUCCAGGUUAUGAUGCUUGAAUGAGUUAGCUGAGCCAUAUUUAAAUAAACUACAGCCAAAUACUGCAUUGUUGAAUAAUAUCACUUUUUUCAAAAUCUUGCACCAGUGAAGCAUGCCAUUUGCCCCAGUAUGGAUUUUUCUGCUCUUGACCCACUGCCCUGCUCUUUUACUAGACCCAGAUUUUUUUUUUCUCCAAUUUAUAAACUUAAUUCCCAAAUAAAACAAAAAUUAGAAAUAUUAUUUAUUUAGUCAACAUGACUUCAAUGGCACAUUCACUUUACUGGUCAUUUAAAAAACCUGAUGCAGUUUCACUGUCCCAAAAAACAAGGUGGGAUAAAACUUCUACCAAAGUCACAGCAAUGUGGAAUAAUUGGGGAAGUAAAGCAUUUGCUGUCUGCUGAAUUAUUCCUGGAACCAAUUACCAAGCCAAGAGAUCGUAUAUCAAAUCCACUCAUUGAAUGGUGCUCAUUUUCUGCACAAAUUGAUUUCUGAUGUGAAGCCAGAAUGUUGUCUCCAAAUCUGUCUGAGAAUCCCAGCUGCACUUGUUUAAUCAGCUAAAACAUAUGCUUAUCACAGACUUGGGGAAUCUAUAUAUGUUUAAACCCUGGGAGCCAGUUUCUUGAGUACUUUGUCUCUUAAUAUAAGUAAAGAGGCAGUGUCCCAAAGUAAUUUCCACUAAGCCCCAGUUAUGAGAUUGAUUUCUGUUUGACUCCAUUGGGAUUGGUGAAGAAUCAGUGCACCAAGUCCUUUUAAAUUUGUCCUGCCCUCCUCAAAUGUCCUGAAUUUUGAAUUUGAGCUUUACAGCUUUGGACAUUGUUUCUAUUCAUGGUACUACAUAAAUGCAACUUAUAGGCAAUGGUUAUUGCCCUAUGAGAUGAUUUAUGCUGGCUAGGUCUAUGUCAUUAACUUGAAACUGUUGGCCUGACUCUCUCUCCACAGAAGAAUCAUUAUUCUAAUAGGGGAAGGAAAGGAGGAGAAUUGGGUCCCUAGAUAUUUAUCCUUUUUACAAUAUCAAAUGUGAAACCUAGAUUCCUAACUUGGUAAGAAUAAGACACAUGAGUUGGCCAUUCACCCCCUUGUGUAGAUCACUAUCAGAAAACAGGUAAUCAUGAAAAUCUACUUCUAUCUAUCCAUCCAUCUGUUACAGUAAGUGAUAGGUCAAACCUUUGUGUAUCAGUGGUACAUAUUGUAUGUGCUGUCUCUGAAGUGUACACAAUAUUUUAUUACCAGGUUACUUUGGAACACUUGAAUGUUUUUAAUGUAAAGUUGUAUUAAAUUAUGUACAUUCCUACAGAACCCAUUCAGAGUUUGCAUUUCAUUUAUCAAUACGUGGAAGUUACCAAGACUGUGAAGUCAACCAGUUAAUUGGGCUUUCCUUUUGAUUAAGUUAAAAGUUAAAUAUUCUCCUGUUGUAUACAACUUACAUGUAGACUCUGCAGGUAUUUUGUGACUGCUUGCCUCUUACAGUGAUCAUGUAUACCUUUGGUAUCAAAAAUAGCAGAACAAAGUUCCUCAUUUUCUGUGGUUGUUUUAUGACACUCUACUCCAACUCACAACCUUUGGAGUAACUUACUUUGAAGGUUGUGUUUGAGCUUCAAAAACACAAAGUACUCUGUUGAUGUUGUCAUGUUAACGACUUUGCCUUUUAUGCCAUUUGCUGAUUAGGUGGGUCAUGUUGCAACUUUAGUUGCUGACUCUGCAAUGUAGCUGCAAGGCUACAAGAUCUGUCCGAUAUUACUGCCUGAUAGGCAGCUGUAUAUCAAUUUCUGCACACAGAUUGCAUCACGCAUGUGCAAUGCCAUGAAUUUCAUUUUAAAAAAUUACACUAAGAAGGAGCCCAUUUGGCCAAUGUCUGUGUUGUCUGCAAAUAAUAUAUCAAGGGUAUACCCAAUAGUUUUCUUUUAAAGGUGAAGAGGGUAUCUGCUCUACUGUCCUUUCAAGCAGUGAGUUCCAAAUUUCCACCACUGUUUGGGUGAAAAAAGUGCUCAGUGCUCCUCUAAUCCUUCUUUGUAUCCCUGAUUAUUUGUUAAUGAAAAUACUAUCCACAAUUUCUAGGCCUCUCUUGCCACAGUUGUAUCUCCUCUAAUUCCUCUGUUCAAAAAACAUGUUUUAUUUUCAGACUUCCAAACUCCAGAAUCUUUCCUUCUAGUUAAAAUUCUCCAUUCCUGGCAGCACUCUUCUGUCCUGGAAACAGCCCUUCCAGUAUUGCAGUGACCAACUGUAUACAGUAUACUUGCUGUGACUUAAGUAAUGCUUUAUACAAUUCUGUGGCUAACUAUUCAAGGAAAAUGUGUGCUUGCUUUAAUUUAUCUACUUAUUGCAGCCUGCUACCUUCAGGAAUCUGUAGCUGCACACUCUAAUAUCUCUUCCUGUUUAUUAGUAUCCUACCAGUUUAUUAUGUAUUUAUUUUAUGAUUAUCAUAUGCAAAUUUUAAAAUUGUGCUCAGUAAUGAGUUUUAAAUCAUUGUCUGAAAGUAAGGAAUUUAUGACGGUUUUGCAGUGUCUCACUGGAAACAGCCCUCCAGUUUUGUUUUUUUUUUCCAAAAAAUGUUACUGAUUAAGAAUACAUCCUUGUCCAAAGUUACAAAGAUCAGUUUCAUUCAACACGGAUGUGGAAAUCCUUGGUGUUUCACACACUUAUAAUUACAGUUUAUUAUAUUUAUUCUUGUUUGCCAUGGUUUCCAGUAGUUUGAUCUUUCCGUAUUAUUUGUGUGUGGGUGGGGUGUCAUGGUGACUUGGCUGAGCGGUCUAAGGCACUGGAUUCAAGUUCUGAUCACAAUUAGAAGCAUGGGUUCAAAUCCCACUACUGCCUAUGAUGUAGUUGUGUUUGCAGGUCAUUUCUCAAAAGCUUUGGUUUGGGGCAGCAUGGUGGCUCAGUGGUCAGCACUGUUGCCUCACAGCGCCAAGGAUUCUGGUUCAAUUCCAGCCUUGGGCAACUGCCUGUGUGGGAGUUUGCAUGUUUGCUGUGUCUGUGUGGAUUUCCUCCCACAGUCCAAAGGGGUGUGGGCUUUGGAUUAGCUGUGGGGAAUGCAGGGUUACAGGGGAGUGAGGAAUCAAUGGGCCAAAUGGCCUGCUUUCAUACUGUAAGGAUUCUAUUGAUCUUUAUUGGAAGUUGUCCCAAUAUUUACUGCAUCCCUCAGUACAUAAUGCUUCCAAUCAGAGUUACCGUUUGCUUCUUGCCACUGAGCUAGUUUUGGAUCCAAGAUGCUCUUCCUCCUCUCUGCAGAACUCUCGGAGACAUGCUGCUUGUGAUUUGUUCUUAUAAUUCACCAAUAGAUCUACACACAUUAACUAACUGGUGACUUGUACAGUCGGCCUCUAUCAGUUUUCUAUCAUAUUUAUUUUAGUUAUUUACCAGGGAUGACAACAUUGAAGCCAAAGACAGGAUCAACAUAUAUGUUGUGUAAAAUGUGAACCACUAGCGUUGGUCUAGAUGGUCUCCAUUUGAACAGUGACCAAAAACAUAUCACUGGUAGUCUAAAUUGAAGCAGUGAUAAAUGUUAUUUAAUGAAGUAGUUCUACACUAUUUGUACAAUUAUAACAUUUUAAAAAUUAAAGUUAUUAUCUUUGGCAUUUGUCAUAAAAAGUUAAUUGAAUCCCUCUUAAAUCAUGUUGAUUAUGGCACUUUAAUAACACCAUAAGG